AUGAGAAACAGUCUGUAGCAAAACCUUGUUGAGAGGUUGCCAGCAACGUCUAUCCCACAUCUCUUAGAGAAUAGUAAUUAGAACGGUUUAUAUAUUCUUUGCCCCUUCGCAGGGCGUCCUAUCAAAUUGGAACGAUGCAGAGAAGAUUGGUACGUUUCCUGCGCAAAAAUGACAUGUACGAGAAAUGGUCUAAAUUUUUUCAUUUCCUGUCCAACUUUCUCAUUUAUUUAUAAAAUUUCUCGUUAAAAAUAUUAUGAGAGUGAAGAAAAACCUCCAAAAUUUUGGCGGGAAAAUUAGGAAAGAGCCAAAGGCUUAUACCAGUUCAGUCUCUUUCUCGUAUCCUUUUAGCUCUGGAAAUUCUCCAUGGAUUCCGAUUCAGACUCUGAUGGUUCUCACGUCUCCGCCACUCCUCCGAGACAAUCAAAUCUUCUUCCUCCUCCUCCAACGCCACUGCCAUUACCCAUAACGUCAUCUCCUCACCCCGCUCCAAAACCCCUUAACCCGCCCCCAAUUCCUUCUGCUCUGCCCUCAUCCCUGCCUUUCCAGAUCCGCCGCCCCUCUGAUCAGUCCCGUCUCGUCCCUACCGGCGAUUCCCUCCAAACCCUUCCCCCCGGCUUUUUCUCCAAGGUCCCUUCCUUCUCCAAACUUCGCAAACACUCUCUCACUUUCGAAAACGACGCCCCGCUACCGCUGCCCCGACCCGAAAUCGUUAUCGACCGCUCGGAACCCCGUCCGGUUCGCCCAAACCCGCUCAAAGUCCGCCGGAGGCAGCACCCUAAUUUGAUCGGCAGCAGCUUGGCUGACCCGCCUGUCAAAAUUCGAAACUGCUCCGGCGCAAGUGAAGACGAGCCGUCCGAUGAUAAUCUGGUGAGGUUGCUGAACGUAGUGUACGGUCAUCAUUCGUUUCGCGGCGGGCAGAUGGAGGCGAUCAAGAUGGUUCUCUCGGGGAGAUCGACGGUGCUGGUUUUACCCACGGGUGCGGGGAAGUCGCUGUGCUAUCAGAUUCCAGCCAUGAUUUUGCCGGGGAUCACGCUGGUUGUCAGCCCUCUGUUGGCGUUAAUGAUCGACCAGUUGAAGCAGCUCCCUGCUGUGAUUCCUGGCGGCCUUUUGAGCAGCAGCCAGAAACCCGAAGAGGUUGCUGAGACACUGAGGCAGGUUCAUGAGGGGACCAUAAAGGUGCUUUUUGUAUCACCAGAAAGGUUCUUGAAUAAGGACUUUUUGUCACUUUUUUCUGUUACUUCCCUUCUAUCUCUCGUUGUAGUGGACGAGGCUCAUUGUAUAUCGGAAUGGUCCCAUAACUUCCGACCUUCAUACACGAGGAUAAGGGCAUCUUUGAUUCGUGCCAAGCUUAAUGCUGAAUCCAUUCUUCCAAUGACUGCUACUGCAACAGCUCCAACAUUCCAGGCUGUAAUGUCUGCUCUAGAGAUUCCUUCAAGCAAUCUCAUUCAGGAAACCCAACUGAGGAACAACUUACAGUUGUCAGUCUCUUUAAGUGGAAACAGAAUGAAAGAUCUGCUGAUGUUGAUAAAGUCUUGUCCCUUUAAUGAAGUUCAAAGCAUCAUCAUAUAUUGCAAAUUUCAGUAUGAAACUGACAUGAUAAGCAGAUAAGUGUGUGAUAGCAAUAUUUAUGCAAAGAAUUGGAUUACAUGUUUCAGCAAAUAA